UGAAAAAAUGGUUUUUGGGCAAGUUUUAAAUUAUCUCAAUGGUAUACUGAAUAACAGCUAAUUCUGCGACGUAAACUGAAGCCGGAUCAUUUAGUUUGUACGAAAGGAAAUGAGCACGGUCGGAAACGAACGAAGAAGUGAAUAUUCUGAGCCAUGUAAUCAUAAUACAAGGACAUGAAAUGGGUCUGAGAAUUGAGCUCGAUAAGCUUUUCGAAGUUUUCAAUCACCACCGAAUUCAAAAUAUCGCAUCGGAUUAGCAAACGAUAUGAGAGAUACCAGAAUGGAAAUUUCAAAGAUACCUAAUGAGUCAUCCCUACGUGCCAGUGAAGUCGAACCAGAUCCCGAAAUAUUCGAAUGUGAAUACCGGAGCCUUGGUUUCACCACUUAGUUGAAGUUGUAAUUGUGCUGGUUCUCCUUUCCUUGAAAAUACAACCAGCUCAGUUUUCUCCGUAGAGAACUCAGUACCCAUUUGAAGAGUCCACGUGGACAAGUUGUUGAGGCUAUCUUGUAAUGGUUGUUGUAGAUCGACACCUUUGGGUCCUAUAAUAGACACAACGCUGUCAUCGGCAAGUUGGCUUAGCGUGAAAGAUCAAAGAACAUAUAGACGUAAAAUUAUUGGAAGAACUUCUUAAAGGUUCUAACUGUCACUUGAUAGAAAACAAUAAAGAAGAAGUCCAAAAACUAGUGUGCUGGAUUCUGGAGAAAGGUCAAUCUGAAGAAUUCACAAUGGCGGUCAAACAACAUGUUACUGAAUUAGCCCACAACAAAUCGGUAUAUGAUAUCAAUAAAAUACUUGAAAUCAUUGAUAUCCUACUUGCAAACCCGAACUCAAUUCCAACAAAUGCUACAAGUCUGAAUCAGUUUUGCGAAAAGAUUGUCGAGCACCUUAUCCAUACGUCAGUUGAACGCGAAACAGCAGGUAUCAAGAGGAUGAAAACCGAAAUAGAGAAAGUUUCUCUAUUUUUCCGUGGAUUAGUUAACCACGUGCCUUCUAAUCAGUAUGCUGAGGUACUUAAUGCUUGCCUGGAAAUGCUCUAUAAACAAAUAAAGUCAUGUGAAGAAACGUCGAACUACGCGUCUGCCGUUUUAGUUUUGGUAGAUAAAUCAAUGAUAAAAAACGGAGUUCAAUGGAUUCUUCAGCAAACAGAGAAUAAAAACGAGAUAAAAAGAAUUUUUAAAACCUUAUCGCAUUGGUUAGAAACAUGGGAUUUCGCGCCCGAUUUGAACAUAUGGAUUGAAGAAAUUCUAAUAGGACUACGGGAUCAACAAAAACUCGAACUCGUUUUGGAUUUAUCGUUGAGUAUCAUCGUUUCAUAUUUCUCAAAACUAGUGAUUCCGCUUAUUCGACCGAAACUAAGUCCUAUUGUACUUUGUAUUCUUCAGUUAAACCAACAUACUUCAUCAAUAUUUCGGGCCAUAACACCGAAUGUACCAAUAAUACUAACACAACUCCAAAAAGAGCAGAAUGAAGAUAACGAUAGAUGUCUUUUCCAGAAGCUGGUAGAUAUUCUCUCCGCUUUGAUGGUGAAGUAUCCAUGUUACGAGCAACCCUACAACGAAUUGAAGAAGUGUUUGCAAAAAUAUCCACUAUCGGAAAACUUUCAGCAAAUACUGGACGUUACUACAUGGCGAGAGUCUUUGCGAAAUGUCAUGCCUGUAUCAACGAACGCAAGGGUUGGACUGGUUAAUUUGGGAAACACAUGUUAUAUGAAUAGUGUCCUACAAGCGCUGGUUAUGACAAAGCAAUUCAGUCGUGAGAUUCUCUUGUCCAAAAUCGAGGCACCAUUGUUUUCACAAAUACAAAGGCUUCUGGCUUUCUUGUUACAUUCAGCUCGACCAGAACUGACGCCUAGAGCAUUGCUUGCAGCUGCCCGACCACCCGAUUUUGUACCUGGACUCCAGCAGGACUCGUCCGAAUUUUUAGGUUAUCUUCUGGAGAAACUUCAUGAACAAGAAAGAGCAUUGAUUAAAAAUCAAUAUUUGGAGCAAAAUGAAAAAAGCAAAAGAUGUUUUCCAUCACAUGAUGAAACGAAUUCUCAGGUAGAAAUAUCGUCCUCUAAAAAUGGAGGUCAAUAUAGGACGGAUGAAGCACAUCACAAUGAACCUUUACUCCCACCUACCCUUAUUCAAAAGACGUUUGAUGGAAAAUUGUUUGUGACAUACGAAUGUAAAGAAUGUGGUUCACAAAGUACCAAUUCAGAUGCUUUUAGAUCUUUUGAACUAUCGUUCCCCGAUCCAAAUGAUAUAGAGACGAAUUAUUCCGUUCAAAAGCUACUUGAUUUUUAUUGUUCCUCAGAAAAACUGAUAGGCGAUAACCAAUAUUACUGUGAUAAAUGCAAAAGAUUGUGCGACGGAGAACGUUCCAUCCGUAUUCUAAAAUCACCGAGAAAUUUAAUUCUUACUUUGAAACAUUUUAGAUACGAUCAGCAAAGACAUACAAGGGCAAAAUUGAUGAAUAAAGUAUUGCACGAUGAAGCAAUAUCCUUAAGAAUCGUGUCAGAAAUGAGUCCUCCAUAUGUUGUUCACUACUCGUUGUAUGCAGCCGUUAUACAUGCUGGUACGAGCAUGGACUCUGGUCACUACUAUACUUAUGCGCAAGAUGAAUCAGAUUCUUGGUACAAAUUCAAUGAUAACUAUGUAACAAAGUGCUCCGCAGAUGAACUUCAUUCGUUGUCAAGCCCAAAUACACCUUACAUAUUAUUCUAUCAAAUGUUGAUACCAUCAACUACGCAUAGUUUGGACAUGGAUGAGGAUAUGGAUGAUUCAGCAGUGCUCGUCAAAACAGCAUCUAAUACUACUAUUAUUUCAAGCUCUGUAACAGACUGUCAGCUUCCUGAAUUCGAAGAACUCCCGCCGCGUUUGCGAGAUAGUAUACUCGGUGAUAAUGAAUCUUACAAUGAGGAAAUCCAAAAUGAAGACCGAAAAAUGACACAGCGUCGUGUUGGCACCAACAAAUUUGUGGUACCAAGAAACCAUGACUCAGACAACGAUGAUCCUCCUCCUAAUUCGUGUGGAAGUCAAACAUUCGACUAUAGUGAUCGUUUUAUCUGCUAGCAAAUUGUUCUAGUCUUGUGAAACAUUCAAAAAGUCAUCUGUAUAAAAAGCAUAGUUUAAAAAGCAGUCUGGUUUGAUGUAUAAACAAAAUAAAAAGCUGUCAUAUGCAAAUGAAA